AUGGAUAGUUCAACUUCUCCAGGGUCAACAAAACGUAAGGGGAAGUCAUCACCAAGUGCCAAACUGACGAAGGAAGAUGUAUCACGUGAAUCAAAGAAAUCAACGAAGGGUAACGAUACAGAACGCAUGGUAGGCAAAUCACCUUUGAAAAGUGCAUCAUCUUCCGAGCUUUUAACUCAAGUAAAACCCCAAGUAUUCGAUGAACCUGGCCAGUCAGGAAAAGCUAAAUCGGUUCCAGCAACCCAUGAUUCUAAACAGAAGCCUAAGUUAAAGUCUGAAUCACCAAGGAAACCUGAGCAUAGUGUCAAACGAAGAUCUCAGUCAACUUCCAAAUCAUCAUCAAAAACAAAGCAUGUUUCCAAGCCAAAGUCAGAAGUAACAUCAGAGGAUUCGAAAACAGAACAUAUGUCCAGAAUAGAAUCUACAUCAACAUCUAAAUCUUCUCAAAAAACUAAGCAUAGUUCAACAGGGAGAUCUAUGGCAACAUCUGCAUCACCUCAAAAAACGAAACAGGGUUCCAAGCGAAGAUCCAAAUCGGUUUCUGAAGUGCACAGGAAAGAAGGGAGUACUUCUGAACAGACUCUAAUAUCACCCAGAAAACAGCCUGAUGAAUCAAAGGAAAAACGUAAAUCUGGUGAAGAGUCUAGUACUUUUUCUAAGUCACCGCAAAAACAAAAAAAGAAAUCUGAAGCGUCUAGUACAUCACUUCAUUCACCACAAUCAAAAACAAAGCUGAAAUCCGCAGCGUCGCAAAAAGUGUGCAAAGUACAGAAAACAUCGAAACCGGUUUCUACGUCGUCUCUGAAAACAAAACACGAAUCAACAGGCAGGGCGUCUACAUCGCCACGGAAACGAGUGAAGUCUGACUCGAGUUCGAAGUUACAACAGAAAUUCAGAUCGCCCUCUACACCGACACAAACAAAAAAAGUUCGUAUGGAACGAGGAUCAGAUACGGCUUUACGAAAAGAAGAACAAGAACCCACCGAGAAAUCCAGGGCAUCUUCUAAAUCACCACGAAGAUCAGGAAAAGUAUCUACUUCCACUUCUACAUCUCCUAAUAAACCGCGACAAGAUACAGAACAGAAACCCAAGACCAUUUCAAAAGAUUCCCAAGUAGCGAAAAGCAGUUCAAAUAACGACGCAACUUCCAGUUCUCCUAAAAAAAAAAGAAAGAAGUCUAAAGAGGUUUCUACAGUUUCUCAGAAAGUGUCAAAAACAGGACAUGACUCUCAAUCGACUUCCACAUCACACAAGAAAGGAAAGCAAAAACUGACAACGAGUGAUGAGGCAGUAUCCACACGGGUUCGAGAAGUAAAGCAAGAAUCACUGCAGAAAAAACAAAAAAAAGAGAGAUUGACUUCUAAAUUGAAGAAGGAAGAGCAACCAGAAACAGAGGAAAAAAAAAAGAAAAGUAAGAGUUCUAAAUUAAAACGCUCCAUGAAGCAAGAAUCUCAAUCAGAAGAGCGCAAAGAGAAAUCUAGCCCUUCAAUGGAGCAUACACAGCAUGCAUCAAGAUCUCCACGAAAAUCAAGCAAAUCAGGCACAGCUUCGGUUUCAGCUUCCAAGUCGCCACGGAAGGGAGAGCGAGGAUCAAAGAAGAAGCACUCAGAAUCUCAACUGAAACACAAAUCAAAAAAGGCCUCAGAAACAACAAGAAUGCCUCGUAAGUCACCAGAACUCCUCUACACAAUGGAACCGCGUGCCAGAAAAUCUGCCUUGAUGGGAAUAAUAAUAGAACCUGAUUCUUCCCCAUCAACUUCAAAGCAGGAUGUCUCAAAACCACUUUAUAUAUCAGAGUCACCCGAAUCUAGUGCAUCUUCUGAGUCGCCUAGACGUGCGGCCUCUUUGAGGUCAUCAAAAACAAAUCUUGAAAAAUUGGAAUAA